ACCCCCAAAUCCAGCUAUGGACGAAACCAUAGCCCGGAUACUCACAGAGCUCGAAGGCCUCCGCCACUCCACCGCCACCCAACCCCAACCCAUCUCCGACUCCACUCUCUCCGACCUCCAAACCCUCCUCGACGCCGCCGAUGAAAAUGACCUCGAAAACCCCAUGGACCGCUUCUCCGACGAGCUCACCGCCAAGUCCCUCUCCCUCACCAGCCUCGUCCGCCCGAUCUCCGCCGCCAUGGACUCCGGCCCGCCCCACUUCACCCUCGCCGCCUCGAAGCUCUACCUCUCUCUCCUCCUCGCCCCCAAUUCCCCGGUCUGCACUCUCUUCACUCCUAUGUCCUUCUUCUCUCUCCUCCAGUCGAUUCGCCGCUCGCUGAAGCCCCGCCGCGCCGAGCCGGGUACCGCCGCCGCGAAGAAGCGGAAGGGGAGAGGCAAAGGGAAGGGAUUGAAGCACAGUGAGGAGUGUGAAGGCGAAGAGAGAGAGUUUGAUGUUAGGGUUUUGUUUUGUGUGCUUGAGAAGUUGAUAUUGGUGAUGGAUUUGGUUCAUUUGGACCGGUUUCCGGAUAGCUUGAAGGCUUUGGUUCACACCGCUGCGGAGAUUCCGGCGAUGGGGUCUGAGGUUUGUGGUAAUUCUGGUAGUUAUAACAAAUUGACUGGCUUGUGCUCCAGGGUUUUGCUUAAGGUGUUUGAGCCCGAGAAUAUCAACCAUGCCAGCAUUGCAGCCGAGGUGUUUAUGUCAUUGACGCCGAUGAUUCUUGAGCAUAAAUCGCAGGUUCGGAUGUUUGCGUUGAGUUUUGUGGGUAAUGAGGUGAUGAAUGUGGCUAGGAGUAAUGAGGGGGUGAAGAAAGCAAUGGUGAAUUUUCUGUGGUACUUGGUCGACAAGGCGCCAGAGAAGUCUGAGCCGAGGGCGUUGGCGGUCGAGUCUAUAAUGGAGAUUGUUAGAGUUAUGGAGGUGGAAGAGCAAGUUGGGUUCGUGGAGUAUGUGUUGAAGAUGAUUAAAGGGAAGGCCAAGUUGAGGCUUUUGGCGGUGGACUUUAUUUUAGUGCUGGUUAUGCAUUUGAGAGAUGUGAUGGGUUUGGAUUCGGAGAGUGAGGUGAGGGAUUCGUUGGGUUGGAAAUGCUUGGAGGCUUUGAUUGAGCACUGCUCGGAUGUAAUGGCUGGGAUUCGAGCUCGUGCUUUAUCGAAUUUGUCACAGCUGGUUGGCUUUUUAUCGGGGGAUGAUAGGAGCCAAGCAGUGUUGAAAGAAGUUAUGGGGUUUGGUCAUGUAAUGGAUGAAGGGCAGGAGGGUUGGAUGAAUAAGAUUUUGAGGGCGAGGUGUAUGGAUGAGAAGGCGGCUGUGAGGAAGGCUGCACUUCUUUUGGUUACCAAGUUGAUGGCCGUUCUUGGUGGUGGCUUUGAUAGAGCCUUGAUCAAGACUAUGGGAAUGGCCUGUUCUGAUCCACUCGUUAGCAUCCGCAAAGCGGCCAUGUCAGCCCUUUCAGUGGCUUUUAGAACUUUCAUGGAUGAUAGCGUGGUUAUUGAGUGGCUACACUCAGUUCCAGCUUUAAUAACUGAUAAUGAGUCUAGCAUUCAAGAAGAAUGUGAGAACUUGUUUGUAGAACUGGUAUUGGAACGAGUAUCUUCAGUUGGUUCUGAGAUCAAUACUGACUUAGAACUUCCUGAAGGAGUUUUAUGCAUUUUGAAAGAGAUUUGUAACGGAGAAGUGGCUCCUUGGGUGAAGAAAAUUUGCACAAACUUGGGAAAGAAGAAUCAACUGAAACACAAAUUUGCUACCUCACUUCAGAGUAUCAUAAAGACAUCUGAGUCUCUCUGGCUCAGUCAAUCCAUGCCUAUAGAGAAAUGGACAGCCCCACCCGGUUCUUGGUUUCUUCUGUCAGAAUUGUCAGCAUUCCUUGCAAAAGCAGUUGAAUGGGAGUUUCUCUGUCAUCAUUGGCAGCUUUUUGACAAGUGUGGAGUGGGAGGGGAGAUAAAGAGUCCCCUUCCACAAGGAUAUGCACAUGAUGAGGGAGGGGGUAUAGAAUCCAGUUCUGUUGCUUGGGCUGGGGAUCGUGUUUUUCUUUUACAGACUAUUUCUAAUGUUUCCAUUGAGUUGCCUUCUCAAGUUGGUGCAGACUUAGCUCAUGACUUGCUUAAACGAGUUCAAGGUUUCAACAUGCAUUCAACAGAGGUUAAUGCUCAUGUAAAAGCACUGAGGACACUGUGCAAGCGGAAGGCUUUAGACCCCAAGGAGGCUGAUGGACUCGUUAAAAAAUGUGUACAUAAGAUUGCAUCAAAAGCUUCCAAGAUUUUAGAAAACUAUAUAUCCAAGGAGUCAGACACAGCCCAAGAAGGUGGCUUCUUUACGCCACCUGUCAGUGGGAGUAGAAUGGACAAGAGAGCCGUAGCCAUGAGCAAGUCCUUGUCAAAAGUGGUGACAGCAGUCUACACAAUUGGGUCUUUGGUUAUUAUUUGUCCAUCUGCUGAUAUGAGCGCCAUCAUUCCACUACUAUAUACAAUCAUCACCUCUGGGAAUUCUGAUUUAAAAGUCAAUAAAUUAGCAAGCUCUACAAUCUCUCUUAAGCAAACAGCACCUUCUCUGUACAUUCAAGCAUGGCUGACUUUGGGAAAGAUUUGCCUUACAGAUGAAAAAAUUGCAAAGACGUAUAUUCCUCUCUUUGUGCAGGAACUUGAAAAGAGUGAUUGUGCAACCCUUCGCAACAAUCUGGUAGUUGUGAUGGCAGAUUUUUGCAUUCGUUUUACUUCUUUAGUUGAUAGUUAUAUACCAAGGAUCACAAAGUGCCUCUGUGAUCCAUGCGAACUUGUAAGAAGGCAGACAUUUAUACUGCUCUCAAGAUUGUUGCAGAGGGAUUAUGUGAAGUGGAAAGGAGUUCUUUUCUUCAGAUUUCUUUUGUCACUUGUUGAUGAGUCGGAAAAGAUAAAGCAGCUUUCCAACUUUCUCUUCAGCAAUAUUUUGAAAGCUAAGGCACCUCUUCUUGGAUAUAACAGCUUUGUUGAAGCAAUUUUUGUUCUAAAUGACUGCCGUGCCCACAAGGGACAUACUGGUGCUCACGUUUCACGCGCAGAGAGUCGCCUUUUUUCAAUUAGGGGCAAUGAUGAAACUUCGAGGUCUAGAAGAAUGCAUAUAUAUGUUUCUUUGCUGAAACAAAUGGCUCCAGAGCACUUAUUGCACACGUUUGUAAAGUUAUGUAUGGAGAUCCUUGCUGCAGCAUCUGAUGGCAUGCUUAAUCUGGAUGAUAUUACUGGGCAGUCUGUUCUGCAGGAUGCUUUCCAAAUCAUUGCCUGCAAAGAAAUCCGACUACCAUCCAACCGUGGGUCAUCUGACACUGGAGAUAUUGAUGAAGAAGGUGCUGAUAAUGGUGGAUCAGCUGCUAAGGGAAGAACAGUAACUCAAGCACUCAAAAAGAGCCUAAUCCAAGGCACAAUACCCAUCUUUAUAGAGCUGAAGAGGGUAUUGGAAAGCAAAAACAGCCCCCUCAUAGGCUCCCUCAUGGAAUGCCUCCGCAUCAUCCUCAAGGAUUACAAAAAUGAGAUUGAAGACAUAUUAGUUGCUGACAAGCAGCUCCAGAAAGAGCUAAUAUAUGACAUGCAGAAGUAUGAAAAGGCAAAGGCCAGGUCUACAGCCACCGAGACUGUUGCCAACCAUCAAAGAACAGUUAGCUUUCACUCUCCCGGCAUAUCAAAGAUUACAAGCGUGAGACAGGCGCAUAAAAAAUCCAUUAAUAGAUUGCAAGGCGACGUAAGAUUGGCUUCUGCUAUGGGAGAUGUAGCUGCUGAAGCCAUAGCAAGGUCAGUGCUCAAGGACAUGAAUAAGGGGAGACAAACACCACCUCUCAGCGCUUUAAGCGUGCCUAAGCUCAAGACCUGCGAUGGAGGGCAAACCUCUCGCGGUGGUGUGCCCUUAAAUGUACUGGAAUCUGUAAGAAGAAGACAGGAUUUUGACUUUGUUGAAGAGAACUAAAAUGAACUAGGAAAUCAGAAACUUUCCUAGCUUCGCCAUAAAAUAAGCUGAUUUUAUAAGCUUGUUUGUCUUUCAUUUAUACAUUAUUAUAAAAUUGUAAAUUAGAAGUAAGAUCUGAUUAAUCAAUCAGG